CGCUACUAUCGACGCCGACAAAUAACAACAAACUGCUAGAAAUUAUUUCUAACACGUUUUACUUGUCAAAUGUAGUUAUAUUAUAAUUAUUCCUUCGGGGUGUUGUUAUUGUUUUAAUAUUUACACAAUUACGUAAAUUUUAUUUAAAGUUCGCCACACGCCGUUAAUUACAAAGUCCAUCCACCAACAAAUACGAAAAACAGCAACAAUAACUAUGCCGAGCCAAGCGCCAAACACUGCAUUGAAUUUCAAAAUUAAGCUACUCUCCGGCAAUAAUGUUGUGUUGGUCGAUUGUGUCGGAUUCGAGAGCGAGCUCUUUAUGCCACAAAUCAUCAAAGGCCGCAUAACAUUCCAGAAUAUAAUACCGAAUCAUCGCUGCUGCAAUGCUGCGGCUGCCAAUGUACAAACGGGCCAAUUGAUUCUGCCCGCGUCCAAAUUGGGCGAUGUUAAAAUCGUUGCUGGUAUUGCAGCUGGCGCGGCCAAGAGAUUAAACUAUCAGCCACACGUUGCCAGCAAGACGUCGCCAUUGGCUAGGAGCACACCCUCAUCCAGCAGCUCAUCGGAGCGAGCGAUCAGCAGGGCUGACAAGGAGAAUCUGUCGAUGCAGAUGACGCCUGAACAAGUGCGCUGCAGAGUACCAGCUGGAACUGGUCAGAUGGCUGCCUUGCCUACGCCCCCGCCCAUUUGUCUGGAUGCUCUCGAAACCUCGUCCACAUCAACUGUCCCCAAUCUGGCGCUGGAGUCCUACACCAACAGAACUGUGACCCAGGAUUCGUUUAAUGUUAUUGAACCUCCAUCCACUUCCAGUUUGAGUUCGUCUGCGAAGAGCCCAGACUUUGCUCAAUGUAACUUCAUGCACAAAGCCCCACCCAUGCGCACCUAUUCGCGGCGCAAGCCGAAUACCACGGACACCAACAACAGCAGCGGCGGUGGCAGCAGCAGCGCCAGCGUCAGUCAUCCGAAGUCUCCGCUUGCCUGGAGAAAGAAGAAACUGACAAAGGUAUCGUCGACAAAGCCGCCGAGUCCCAGCAUGAAACUGGAGCUGCGUCGUCGUAAGCUAAUUGUGGAUCAGAAGAAGUCUCUGCCCAAGCAUACGUACACGAAGAUUACAGCGACGCCUAUAACGACAACAAAAAUACGCCGUAAGCAGGUGACGGGCAAGACACGGCAACAGUUCGACGCACUGAAGGGCACCGCCUUCGAUAUGCUUACCUCCAUGGGCCACAGUCACGUCUCUGUCAAGCUGACCAAACAAUUUAAAGAAGCUUGCGUAGAGAAGUACUCGGAAGCUUUGCCCAGCUACGCGGAGCUAUCCGGCACGCGCCCAUUGGAGCACGAUCGUCAGGUCAGGUCGUUGAUAGCAAAGGCGAAGCGGCUGGAUAAGCAAAUGUCCAAAUCAGAGAAAGUGCAACUGAAAAGAAAACGAAUGUAGAUCCUGCUACAGUAAUAUAGGAUUGCUUUAAAAAAUAUUUAGAUCAUUAUAAAACAGUAUAAAAUUGAGAAAAACAUAACACAAUUCGGGUCACACGUGACUGUUGGAAGGGAAAACAAUUUAGCACACCCUGCAGUAUGUAAUCGUCCGAAACAAACCACAGGCGGUUGGUGAAAAGAAUAGAAAUAUUGUUAAUGCAGUGAGGUUGCUGAAUAUAACAAGAUUUUAGCACAUACUUCAUUACAAGACUGUCGAAAGCGGUUGGUGAAAAGGAUAAGAAUGUAGUUGAUGCCAAAGAAAUGAAAAGAUCUAAAAAAGAAAUGAACUAAAUUUAUAUAUACAGUCAGAGCCCAUACAAUAUAUAAAUCUUCAAAGUCUGAGCAAAGACGGUUGAUGAAAAGAAUAAUAAUUUAGCUCAUGCCUGACUGCUGUAAAUUAGAGAAUUCAGUUCAUUAUCUGCAAUACAAUCUAAAACAAUGUGCAUCGAUUAUACAAGGGGCAAAUAUAUAUAUAUGUUUAUUCUACAAA